AUGUUUAGCUUAUAUAAUGAAGACUUGAUUAAUAUGAAGGAUUCCCAUUUGAACCUUUCUUUAUAAUUUUGGAUUAAUUCGUUUAUACUUAUUUCAAUUUUUCCAAUAAAAUUAUGGUUUCCAAAAAAACUGUAGUCCCAUAUUUCAAAAACAAUAGGCGAAGGUGCCUAUAGCUCAGUAUACAAAGUUAAAAGAUUAUUAGAUAAUUAAGAAUAUGCUUUAAAAAAAGUUAAGUUAAUUAAUUUAUCUGAAAAAGAAAAAGAAAACGCUUUAAAUGAAGUCCGAAUACUUGCUUCAAUUCAUCAUGUCAAUAUAAUAGGCUAUAAAGAGGCAUUUUUUGAUGAAUAAUCCAACUCUUUAUGUAUUAUUAUGGAAUAUGCUAAUAACGGUGAUUUAUACUAAAAAAUAUUAGAGCAUUAAAAAAAAAAUACUCAAUUUUCAGAAAAAGAAAUAUGGCAAAUAUUCACUUAAGUAGUAAAAGGUUUAAAUACAUUACAUAAAUUAAAAAUUUUUCAUAGAGAUUUAAAGAGUGCAAACGUAUUUCUAACAAAAGAAGGAGUUGUGAAAUUAGGAGAUAUGAAUGUUUCUAAAGUAGCCAAAAAAGGUCUGUUAUUUACCUAAACUGGAACUCCUUAUUACGCAAGCCCUGAAGUAUGGAAAGAUAAAUCUUAUGAUACUAAAUCAGAUAUUUGGUCUUUAGGUUGUGUAUUUUAUGAAAUUACUACUUUAAAACCGCCUUUUAGAGCAGAAGAUAUGGAAGGACUUUACAAAAAAGUAAUUAAAGGUCAUUAUCCUAAAAUAUCUUCUAAUUAUUCAUUAGAUUUAGCACAUAUAAUAAGGUCAUUAUUACAGGUUUAAUCUAAUUUAAGACCUUCUUGUGAUGAAAUACUUUAAAAUUAAAUUGUUAUGAAACAUAUGGAUUAAAAUUAAAUAGCUCCUGAAUAUGAAGAAGGACCCAAUAAUCUUUUAAAUACUAUCCGAAUUCCAAAAAACAUCCAAAAAUUAAUAGAAAGACUACCCAAAUCAAAUUACUGUGCACAUUCAAGUGAAUAAAGUUUAUAAAAAAACCUUAUUUUGCCUAAAUUAAACUUAAGAAAUGAAAAAAAUGAUGAAAACAAUAGUUUAUCUAAUGCUGCAAUUAAUGAGAAAGCUAUUAAUAAUAUUAAUAAUUUAUUGAAGAAAAAAUAUAGAUAUGGAAGUAUAUAAAGUUAAUAAAAUAAUAAAGAUGAAUCAUAAUUAUAUCCUAACAUUGUUCUAUAAAAAUAAUCUUAGCCCUAAUUGCUAGAUGAUUUAUAUAAACUACCUAAUAUAUUAUCCUCUAAAUUGUAAAAAGUUUAAGCUUUGUCUAGUAAAAAUUAAGAAAAUAUUAAAUAAAUUGAAAAGCUUUAUAAUUAUAAUCCACCCAAAGAUAAAUAUGGAAAUAUAAGAUCUUCUAAAAAUAAAAGUGUCUUGUAUAAUAAUAAAAGCUUAAUAAAUAAUAUAAAAAAUUUAGAUAGCAAUUUAUACAGAUGA